AUGCGUUUACUAGUUUUGGUCCUUGCGGCUCUCGGAAUCUGCGCGACCGCAUCACCCAUCGUCUACGAGGCUUCUGGGGUAGCAAAACGAGUCGAUGCCGACGAAGCUGUGGUCUAUCCUGACGAGCAAUUCUACGCCGAGGACUUCAAGCGAUCUGUUGAUGCGGACGAGAGCGUUGUGUACCCUGACGAGGAGUUCUAUGCCGAGGACUUCAAAUACUGCCUAGCAGAUGAAGCCGUAGUCUGA